AUGGAUAAAAAAUUUAUCGGAUUAAUAUUCUACAUUUUGAUGCUAGGAUGGCUUACGAUGUUCUUGUUUGAUUUUGCGUAUCCAGAGAGCAUGAGAGAGAAUAAUACUGCGCUAGGAAAGCUAUCUCACCUCACCUAUAAUGGUCUAAUUCUGACAUGCACUUUCAUACUUGUUUAUGUUUUGAAUAACAUGAUGUCAGAGCAAAACAAAUACCUUGCAAUGGCAGAGAAGUCACUAUUUACGCUAUCAAUCAAUAUUCAGACGGUGAUCACCAUAUUGUUUUGGGUGAUCUAUUUACAAGAUCCAAAGAACUUUAAAACGGAACAACAGAUUGCAGAAUCAGGUGCAUGGGAUCUGAUUGCGGAUAUUUCGACCCAUAUCCUGCCAUACUGUGUGCUACUAUUCACAUUCAUUGUGGCUGAUGUGUUCAUAGCCAAAUUCACCUCAUUGAUUCCACCAUUAAUAUUUGCAAUCUACUAUUAUUUAGUACUGUAUUAUUGCAAUAUUAUCAAGAAGACACCAGUAUAUAAGUUCACAGCCAAUUACACACCAAUUAAUUUGCUAUACCUGGUGCUAGUUGGAUUGGGCAUAUUUAUUGUCUUUCAUUUUGCAUAUUGGUUAAUUGAUCAGAAAGUGAUGAAAAGAAAGAAUAAACUGGUGAAUUAG